UAGUACAGUGUGACGUACUUCCUGUGAUUAGUUGCACCACCAGGGCAAAUUAUUAGGACAGUCACCGGUCUGUUGAAUAUAAGAAUGCGCCACGUCUGAUUAAACUACUUCAAUUUUCUAAUACUAGAUCUAGAUGUAAUUUGCACCUGAAAAGUGACCUUUUAAUAAAAAUGAGCCACACAAGCAUAGAUCGGUCAGAAAGUGUUGAAUUAACGUGUACUGUGUGCCAUGAUAUUUUUGAAGUGUACGCGAUAGGACCAUGCGACCAUCCAGUUUGUUAUCGCUGUUCAACAAGAAUGCGAGUAUUAUGUGAGCAGAUGGAUUGUCCAAUAUGCAGAAGUCCAAUGCCACAAGUUGCAUUUGUUUAUAACAAAGUGCCAUUUAAGGAUAUAAACUUGAGAAAUUGCAUCCCAAAUCGAAAAUACAAAAUAUUCUUUGAAGAUGAGAAGGUUGAGGAAAGAUAUCUAGUGUUACUGGAAUAUCGUUGUAAGCUGUGCCAUGAUAGAGGAGCAGACAAAACAUUUGCACAGUUACAGACACACAUGAGAAGAGAUCAUCAGUUAUUUGCUUGUGACUUGUGUGUUUCACAUUUAAAGAUAUUUCCUCAUCAAAGGAAGUUCUAUUCUCGUAAAGAUUUGGCUGGUCAUAGACGAGUUGGAGAUGAAGAUGACAAAUCCUAUAAAGGCCAUCCUCUCUGUGAAUUUUGUGAUGCACGCUACAAUGAUAAAGAUGAAUUAUUGAAACAUUUACGAAAAGAUCAUUAUUUUUGUCAUUUUUGUGAUCAACAUGGAUCCAACGCUUAUUAUGAUCAGUACUCUGAUUUAGUAAAGCACUUUGGUGAUUCUCACCAUUUAUGCACAGAGGGGGAUUGUGCAAAUCAAUCAACACGUUUCACCCACGCCUUUGCCUCAGACAUAGAUCUAAAGGCCCACAAGGCACAAGUACACAACAAGAACCUAUCUAAAGCCCAGUCAAGGGAAGCAAGAACUAUUGAGCUGGAUUUCCAGCUCCCACCAAGGAGGCAAGGAAACAACAGGGGAGGUGAUGAAUUUGAUGGUUCUUCUCAAAAUAGUCGAGGCAAUAAUGACAGAUUUAACAGAAGACGUGACCGUGAAUAUGAUGAAGACUUGCACCGAGCCUUAGAAGCAUCUAAAGAAUUGGCUAACUCUGCACAAAGCCACCCUCCAGUAGAGGAGCGUGUCCCAGAUCCCAUCCAUGAUUUCCCCUCCCUUAAUGGCAAAGCUGUUCCUGUUCACGCAUCAUUUCCCCAAAACAACUUCAGCAAAGCAAGAACUCACGAAGAAGAGUUCCCAAGCCUGUCAUCAAAAAGUUUUUCUUCAAAUGAUUCUAAAAAGCAAGGCCAUCUUCCUGUUAAGCAGUAUUCAUCCUUAGUGAACCCAGUGGCUGAAGUCAAACAACCAGCUCCAGUUCAAGUAAAAAAAGAAUCUAAACCUGUUUCUCUGGGAUCUGUCAGCAAAGCCCCACGAGAAAGGUGGUCUUCAGCAGCCCCUAAAAAUACAGAGGAUGAGUAUCCAGCACUGGGAGAUAGUGUGUCCACUAAUGGGUUGUCAUCCUUGACCAACUCUGCCAACUGGGUGAAAAAAUCUCAGCCCGCCAGCAAAGUGCAAGUUGUGGCUCCCAGCAGCCAGGCCGUGGUCAACCAUCACAAGAAGUCACCAGCUCUGACCAAGGCCAUCACUGAUGAGAAUGAGUUCCCUUCCCUGGAUGCUGGCAAGCAGAAGAGGAAUGUGUUUGGGAAUUCUUUGAUUGACAGGUCCAAGCAGUACAAUAAAAAUGACAGUGAGCAAAAACCUGCAGUCAAGCCAAAGUCUGAAAAGUAUGCCGACAGCAUGUUUGAGUUACCAGACAGCUAUUAUAAGUCAUAUGAGGACUCAGUGCAAAAAGCUGAAACUACAAAAGUUGAAGAGGUGUACAGGAAGCCUGCUGAUACCAUUGAACCUGCUAACAACAAUGAUUUUCCUGGGCUGCCUACUCGCAGUACUAAAGUUGAAGUGGUGAAUGACAAAAAGAAGAAGAAGAAAAAUAAAAAAGAAGCAAAGCCCGCAAGUCAACAGGCAGCUAAAGUUGUGUCAAAUACCAAUGCAUCAUUGAAUGACAUAGCUUUGGCUCUAGUGACAAAGGACACAGAAGAAGCACCAAAAAUUGUUGCUAAAGUCUCAAGCAAGCCACCUAAACCAACAGACUGGUUUGACAAUCCACCUGUUGAAGUAGCCCCAGAGCCAAAGACUGCACCUGAGAAGAAAAUUGAAAAGAAGCCAAAAGAGCCCAUAUCAAUUCCCCCUCUGAAUGACAUAGAUAAUUUCCCUUCUCUACACACCAUGUCCACCUCUGUCCAGCCACCCAAACCUCCCCCGGGUUUCUCACCUGAACCCCAGUCUCCAUUGACCCCCAUCUCAGCUCCACCCGGCUUCAAGCUAGCUCCAUCUAUAACAACACCCCCACCACCUGGCUUCAAGUCUAACUUUGUUUACAUCCAACCUCCUGACUUCAAGGAACGGAAUCUCAAGUUAAUUGAAGUCAUUCGGGGAGCUUUAUCUGAAAUCCCUGAAGGCUUUGAGAAUUUCAGAGCCUUUUCUGGACAAUUCCGGCAAGGGACUAUAGAUGCAAGCGAGUACUACUAUAGUUGUCAGCUUCUGAUGGGGGAUAAAAGCUUUGUGCAGAUCUUCCCAGAGUUGCUGGCCCUGCUCCCUGACAUCAAGAAACAAAGUGAGCUCUGGGAGGUCCACCAGGCAGCCGUGGUCAAGUCCAGGCUACUGAAAGCCUCGGCCAGUGAGAGCCAGAUGUCCCAGUGCUACAUCUGUGGUCAGACUUUGCUUGUACAGGACAGUCUUGACCACCAGAAGCAACACACCAGCUACAGUGACUUCCCCAUCCUGUCUGGCAGCUGCUCCAACUUGGGGAUACACAUUAAAGGCUGACCUAUGCUCUCUUUAGGGUGGUAAUAACAGUAUAGCAAGUUUUUAAAAUAACUUGUUGUUUUAAAUGACCAGUACAGUCAGUCUGAGUUUUAGACUUGGCUGAAUGAAAAAAACUAGUGCAAGAAGUUUCUAGCCAAGGUGGACAUUGUACUGUUUGUUCAGUAUUUGUUACUCUACUGCUUUAGUUUUUGCUUGCAGUAAAUGGUUUUAAAUGAUUGUUAUACAUUAUUCUUCCCAUAACAAUAGUCAAAACUAGUUCACUACUUUUAUGUUAUACUUGUAAAUAUCAGUUGAUUACCUGUGUGUUGAACUUACCCAUGUAUAAUAGUGUAAUUAGGUACUUAUUAGGCAUAAUUAUUAACACAAUCUUUAUUAUAAUUUAUCAUAAUUGGUCCAUUCAGCAUGUAGACCAUUUUAUAUGAUUGGUGGUUGUUGUUUUGUUUUUUUUUAAAUUCUAUAUAAUAAAUUUAUCACAAAAAAUAAAUGCUGUUUAUUUUAAUGAUAUAGCAUUUUAUUUAUCAGUUUGAAUAUUUAAAUAAAAUGGAGCUUAUUUGAUUUUUAACAUUUUGGAUAUUGGAUACACUGUUUUUACUUUUGCUUCAAAUUUGAAGAUUUAGCUACCAUAUAACUUCAUAGCUAUCAUUUGGAAGCAACAUAACUAUGUUGUGAUCAUUUAUUUGUGUUAUUGCUCUGCUGAAAGAAUUAUAGAAAUGUUAUGGAAGUCUGCAGGCUACCAAUUCAUUAAUAUUUUGAUCAGCUUAAGGACUUUCACAUUUUUCUAGAAACAUUUUUAAUGUUAAUGUUUGAUUGGUUUUGAAAAUAAUUGUAUUUUUGUUUUGUUUAAAUGAACAACUAUAUAUUAAGCAUGCCACCAACAGCCAUUUUGAUGGUCUUUUGUGUACAAUUCACUAUGUGUACAUAUUCCUUUAAAUUCUAAAGUGUUACUGUUAAAUGGAAUGCUUGUAUUAUGCUGUAUAACUCAUAUAUUAAGAAUAUUAGACCUUUGUUAUCAAGGUAUAAAUUAAUCAUAUGUGGAUUUUUAUAAAGCUUCUGAUAAGGGGCUGUUUAUUUCCUCCGUAUUUUGUGAUCCAAGAUGUAUAUAAUUCUUUAUUUCUUAUUUGUGUCAAAUAUUUAUUAAAACAAUAACAAAGGUUAUUGCAUCAAUUUGAGACAACCUUCAUUGUUGUUAAAUUUACUAAUCAGAAAAUCUCUUUUUUUUAUUUUUUUUUUAUUUUGUUCGCAGUUAGUAUUUGUUUAUGGCUUCAGUGUUUGAAGUUUUAAAAUAUCAAUAGAAAUAAUUUUCAGUGGUGUUCUAAAUGUUACUAUAAUCUCCAAGUUUAUUU